CCCCAGCGCGACGAUGGUGAAAUCAAUCACGGCCAAUCCGCAGGGCCAGUUCUCGGUGGAGGACUACACGGUGUUUACGAUUAUGCUUGGCAUAUCGACGGCGAUCGGCGUGUACUUUGGGUUUUUCCAGAAGAAGAAAAAUCAAACCACCGAAGAGUAUCUGCUCGGCGGGCGGAAGAUGAAAACGUUCCCGAUUGCGAUAUCGCUGAUUGCAAGCCAGCUGUCGGGCGUCUCUAUAAUGUCGGUUCCGGCGGAAAUGUACUCGUACGGUGCACAGUACUGGAUCAUUGCACCGACGAUGAUCGUUAUCACGAUGAUCAUCAACUACAUCUUCGUGCCGGUGUUCUACGACAAUCACAUCACCAACUGCUACCAAUAUCUCGAGGAUCGGUUCAGCCCGGCGGUGAAAAAGUUCGUCACGUUCACGUACGUACUGAACAUCUAUCUGAUACUGCCGAUCUUCAUCUUCAUACCGGCGCUCGCCUUCUCGCAAGUCACCGGCAUAAACAUCCACCUGAUCAAUGGGAUCGUGUGUUCGGUUUGCAUCUUCUACACGAUGUUCGGCGGCAUUAAGGCGGUCGUGUGGACGGAUGUCGUGCAGGGAUUGAUCAUGUUUGUGUCCUGCUUUCUGGUGGUGGUCAUUGGGGUGGCGAAGAUCGGUGGGCUGAGCGAGGUGUACGAGCGGGCUGCCGCUGGUGGUCGGUUGAAAAUUUUUGACAUGACACUCGAUGCGACAACGCGUCAAACUUUCUGGACUGCAAGCGUGGGAAAUCUGUUCCUGUGGACCGGGUACCUUGGGCUUAGUCAAAGCUGCGUGCAGCGUAUUGUGUCCGUACCGAGUAUGCGCCAGGCGCGGACCGCUUUGUGGAUUUUCUGCAUCGGUUUCAUCAUCAUCAUGACGCUCAACUGCUUUACUGGCAUUGUAAUCUUCGCCAAGUACUUUGACUGUGAUCCGAUAAAGGUAGGACUAGUGCAGAAGGCUGACAAGUUGCUGCCCUUCUUCGUGCAGGACGUCGUUGGCAACCUAAAGGGUAUGCCGGGUGUGUUCAUCUCGUGCGUGUUUAGUGCAGGAUUAAGCACAAUGUCGGCCAACCUGAACUCGCUGGCAGGAUUGAUCUACGAGGACUACAUUCGACCGUUCAAGCUGUUUAAGCACACCGACGCCUCGGCACAUAGGACGAUGAUGUUGCUCAUCUUCGUUAGCGGAGUGUACUGUAUUGCGAUGGGAUUGAUCGUCGAACAGUUCGGACAUAUACUGCAGAUGGUCGUUACGAUUGCCAGCGUUACGCAAGGUGCCGUAAUGGGAAUAUUCUGUCUCGGUAUGCUGUGGCCGUGGGCUAACAAGCACGGCGCACUUUGGGGUUCUGCGUCGAGUGUGAUCGUAAUGUCUUGGAUCAUUGCGGGUGCACAGAUUGCGAUCAGCAAAAAGGAGAUUACGUAUCCGCCUAAAACUACCAGUGUGGAGGGAUGCUACGAGUAUGGGUUCAACGUUACAGCAGACGAUUUCCUUACGCUCGUGGCCCCACAGGAGGAGGCCGAAUUUUCCAUCUUCAACAUUUCCUUCGUGUGGUACUCGACGGUGGGGACGUUUAUGGUGUUUCUGGUAGGCAUUCCCGUGAGCUACUUUACCGGUUCGCAGGACAUGCGUAACUUCCGACCGAAGUUGAUUUCGCCGCUAGUGCAGUGGCUGCUACCGGAUGAGGUGCGACAAAAUGAAUUUUCGUUGAAGGCAGAAAAUGACAAACUGAACAUUGGACCAAUUAAAGAAUGGACAUUUACUGCGAACGAAACGGAAAAGUAUAAAGAAAGGCACGGUGGAAUUAUCGAGCAGACUUUGUGA